GAUGCGCGCUCCGCUGCUCCUGACCCUGCUGGCCGGCUGCUGGUGCGCGCGGGCGGCACCACCCACCCUCCAGCUGGUGCACGUGCUGUACCGUCACGGCGCCCGCACGCCGAUCCACCCGUAUCCGACCGACCCGAACCGGGGUGCCUGGCCGCAGGGCGAGGGUCAGCUGACCAAUGAGGGGAAGCGGAACCAGCUGGAGCUGGGCCGCUACCUACGGCGGCGGUACGACGGCUUCCUGCCGGCGGCCUACCACCUCAACUACACGCGCGUCGAGUCGACUGACGUGGACCGCACGCUGAUGUCGGCGCAGGUCAACCUGGCCGGUCUGUACCCGCCGCAGGGCGCUGAUGUGUGGGACGCCCAGCUGGCCUGGCAGCCGAUCCCCGUGCACACGCGGCCCGUGCAGACCGACCUCAAGCUGAAGUCGUACGACUGUUGCGCCGCCUACCAGCGCGAGCGCGAGCGCGUGUUCGACUCGCCCGAGAUGGCGGCGUUGGUCGCACGGAACGCCGCGCUGUUUGCCUACCUCGGCGAGCACAGCGGCAAGGACGUCACCGACCUUGAGAAGCUCAGCUACUUGUACGACACGCUUUGGAUCGAGGCGCACCACAACCUGACGACGCCGGACUGGGCCUUGGCGCCGCCGCCAGGCGCCACCGCCCCCGCCUUCCCCGACCUGAUGAAGCCGCUGAACGACAUCGAGUUCGGCGUGUUCGGCGCCACGCCGCUGCUGCGCCGUCUGGGCGGCGGUCCGCUGCUGAAGGAGAUGCUGGAGAACAUGCAGGCGCGAAUGGAUGGCACGCUGCAGCCGCCCAGCCGGAGGAUGUUCGUGUACUCAGCGCAUGACGUGAACGUGGCCUGUCUCCUCACCACGCUGCAGGUCUACAACGGCCUAGCGCCGCCGCUGGCCAGCUGCCUGCUGGUGGAGCUGCACUCGGACCCGGACGCGGGGCCGCUGGUGCAGCUGUUCUACAGAAACGACAGCUCCACGGAGCCGCACCAGCUGCAGCUGCCCGGCUGCGACGUCAGCUGUCCGUGGAGCGACUUCGUGCGCCUGACCAAGAACGUGGUGCCCGACGAUGUUGUCAGGGAAUGCAAGGACGAAGGUCACGUUGACUACGGGAGGGAACGCAGGAAGGCGUGACAUCUUGUUCGGCAACAGUGACGUCAUUGAGACGGUCGGUCGCGCGUGCCGGUAUGCUUUCGGAUGACUAGACGCUGCUGCUGUACUAUCGACCGCUGUCUGCUGGUGAUCCCCGCCACAGCAUUAUAACAGCGUAUUGCAAUGUACUACAUUUGGGCACUAUCGGUGGACAUCGUGUUUGGGCCUGCAACUAUCGGAGGAUGCAGACUGCGAUUGUGGGCAGCGCACCUGACUGACAAACAAGUUCCAGCCUCGCAAAAGUUACCGAAGUUUUUUUUAGAAGGGCGUGGCAGUAAAAUAAGUGACAUGAUGUCAUACUUGUGGCCGAUUUCGCACCAGCAAAACUAAAUCCAACACAGAUUCACAGCACAAAAGAUCCACUUUGUUUCCACCCCCGGGCAGGACGCAAGAGCUGAACGCGGGCUCUGAUUCUGACUCAUGAAUGUAGGGCAUCAUUUCGAGAUAUUUAUUAGACUGACUCAACUACGGGACAUGAUCUGUUCUAUAAGCCAGAAACUUGCCUUGGUUCUCGUGAUAUGACCGACAUAUGACUCAAGACGUCUUGCACGGAUGCCGGCCUGUUCCUUCGCAGCCUGCUCUACGAGCACACGGUCUGAGCGUGAUAGAGAAGGUGCGGCAACUUCAUGGACGUGGUGAGAAGUGUUGUGUCUACUGUUUGGUCGGUCACGACGCGGAAGGCGUGUCCGUGAACCUCCCGCGAACAGUCGGCGCGCACAAAUGUGGAAGCACCGACGAUGUGUGAGUUUCUCUCUGCUCUUCGCCACACCCAGCUCAGUCUCACAUUUCGACUGCAGCAUCUAAGGACGUGGACGUUUUCAAUCACGAUCCGCCUUUUGUAGGCCUACCCACGCACUAAGUGACUGCCCACGCACACUUGUUUGGACAUAAUCUAUCUGAGAAGGUUCUCGACGGCCUUCAGGCAAGGAAUCACUUUCAUCAUGUAUUAUUGUAUUGUAUUGUAUAUAUACAUGUAUUUCGCCAUGUAUUAUUCACCAUGGUAUU